AUGUCAAGCCAAGACCAGCAACAACAACAGCAGCAGCAACAGCCUGCACAAGCUCAAGCUCAGACUCCAACGGCUUCUUCGAGUUCCACUGCUGAAAAUACUACUACCACAACUACAUCAAUUCAACAACAAAAUGUUAUCGCUGAUGAUAGUUUACUCUGCCAAUGGGAGAAAUGUUCUGAGAGAUGUCAAACUCCAGAAUCUUUAUUUGAACACAUCUGCGAGAAGCAUGUCGGAAGAAAGAGUACCAAUAACUUGAACCUCACUUGCGGUUGGAAUUCUUGUCGCACUACUACCGUCAAACGCGAUCAUAUUACAUCUCAUAUUCGUGUUCAUGUUCCACUUAAACCACAUAAAUGUGAAUUCUGUGGAAAGGCAUUUAAACGUCCUCAAGAUUUGAAGAAACAUGUCAAGACUCAUGCCGAUGAUUCCGUUUUGUUGAGAUCUCCAGAACAACCUGGUGGUCCAAAUGGAGGAUAUAGACAAGGCGGCGGUAAAGUGAUUGCUAAUUUGCAAAACCUUGCAGCCAAUCCCAUCGGUUAUUAUGACCAUAAUGCUUCAAUGCAUCCUGGCUCUGCCGCGGUCUAUGGCAAUUCUCAUCACGGUGCUCAUCCUGGAUAUUAUGCACCUCCUGCCCAACAAUCUUCGUAUGGUGGAGCCCCAGGCUAUUAUCAAAUGUCCCAUAACCCUGAUCUUGGUCAGCAUGCAGCUUGGGACGAGAAAAGACGUAAUUUUGACAACUUGAAUGACUUCUUUGGUGCUGCUAAGCGUCGUCAAAUCGAUGCUCAUUCUUAUCAUCAAGUUAAUCAGAGAUUAAUGCAAUUACAAGGCAUUCCUAUCGGUACAGGUGGAGGUAUCUCUGAUUAUAUGCACUCAGCACCUCAAUUAAUUCCAUUGGACGGCCACGGAGGUCAUGGGGGACAUGGCCAUGGAGGUCCCAUGCCACAACACCAAUAUUCCCUUCCACUACCAAACUUGAGAACCAAGAAUGAUCUCAAUUCAAUGGAUCAAUUCUUGGAGCAAAUGCAAUCAACAGUCUACGAAAGUUCAAAUGCUGCUGCCGCUGCUGGUAUACAUCAACCUGGUGUUCACUACACCCAUCAAGGUAUCAACUUCCGUCAAAGUCACUCGCCAUCACAAAGUCAAAUCCACAACAUUGGUUCAAUGCCAUCACAUGUUUCGACUUCUUACGCCUCUGCACCAAUGACCGCAACCCACUCAUCUCAUUCAUCUGGUACACCAGCCUUGACACCUUCAAGUUCCGUCUCGUACACUUCUGGCAAUUCUCCCAUGUCCUCGAGUGGAUUGUCUCCUAUCUCACGACAUAGUUCUACAUCAACUGCAGCAUAUCCAAAUCUCCCUGCAGUGUCUCUCGGAUACUCGCCACACCAUUCAGCAACUGCACCAACAUCUACACUUGGUACAAAUUUUGACAGUGAUCUUCGCCGUCGUUAUUCUGGUGGCGUACUCCAGCGAAGUGCCGGCGGACUCAACACUAGCCAAUAUCGCGAGUCUUCGGAGGCUUCUACUAUUGGCUCCCCAACACCAUCUCCAAAGGAAACAACCCCUCGUCCUGAGUCUAUCGUCAAGACAGAUGUUACAAAUAAUCUUGAUCCAGCUCUAUCUGGUGUUAGCUCACCUGCUGAUCGAUCAAUUGAUAGUGGUGAGAGUGCUCGUGAUAGAGCUGAAGAGGCAUGGAUCGAGAAUAUUCGUGUCAUCGAAGCUCUCCGUCGAUAUGUCAGUGAACGUCUUCAAAAUGGCGAGUAUGUGAAGGAAGAAGAAGAUACCUCCAUGACUGAUACAGAAAUGAAAGAUGUUCCAGCUAAGACUGAGGAGAAGCCUACCGAGAGUCUCUACCCAGUUUUGAGAACAGAUGAUGAUGAGUAG